GACAUGUCGUCGUUUUUAUUAUUCAUCGACAUACAAAGCAUACGGAAUCUUAAGUUUUAAUUUAAUAAAUUUAUUUUAAUAAAUAAUUAUUUAAAAAAAAAGACAUUUUAGUAUUAAAAUUGGAAGCUAUUGGAUUGAGCGAAUAGUGUGCAAAUUUAUUUUCAACUUAUCAAAAGAAAAAAAAAUAAAUUUGCAAUUAUGGAGAAAAACACAGCAGUAUUGAUUGUAAUUGGAGAUGAAAUCUUAAGAGGUCAAGUUGAAGACAAAAACACAUCUUAUUUGGCCUCGAAAUUAUAUGCAAUAGGAAUUAAAUUUCAUAAAGUUAUCAUAAUUCCAGAUUCAGUUUUCGAUAUAGCCAAAGAAUUAUCAGAAGUCUCGAAAAAUUAUCCCCUCGUCUUCACAGCUGGAGGUGUGGGACCAACACACGAUGAUUUAACUUAUGAGGCAGUGGCUAAAUGUUUUAAAUUAGAAAUUGAGAAAAAUCAAGAAUUAUUAGAUAUUUAUGAAAAAUUAUUACCAAAUGAAUCAGAAAUUGAACGUUAUGCAAUGGCACCAUCACCAUGUGAAGUGAUUUACAUAAAAUCAUUUAAAUUUCCUGUGAUAAAGGUUAACAAUGUCUAUGUGUUACCGGGUUCACCGAAAUAUUUUCAAUCGGCAGUUGACGAAAUUAUUGUCUCUCGUUUAAAAGUUGGUGUUCCAUUGUAUAUAGACGAAUUGGAUAUUGCUUUAAAGGAAUUAAAAUUAGUUAAGGGUUUAGAUGCAUUUGCAGAACGUUGGAAAGAUCGCGUUAACGUUGGAAGUUAUCCACAACAAAUGGGUUCGAAACAUUCAACGAGAAUUACAUUUGAGGGUAAAAAAGAAGAUGUUCUUAAUGCUAAAGAAGAAUUUAAAAAUUCAUUUCCACCGUGUCGCUUGAGGGAUAGUAAAUUUAAUCGAUCGUUAGCCGAAAAAGUAUUUGCAAAAAUUCAAAAUUAUCAUCAUUUAAAACGCAGUUGGUCUAUUAUUGAAGAGUGUUUUGAUAGAUUUUCUUCGAACGAAGUUUUUCUUUCAUUCAACGGUGGUAAAGAUUGUACCGCAGUGUUACAUUUAACAUCCGCUUUUCUUGCCUUAAAAGGAGCUGAACCUCUAUUGAGUCUCUACAUAAUUGGCGAUUCAUUUCCUGAGGUAGAUGAAUUUGUUGUGAAAGCAGCUGCCUAUUAUGGAUUACGAGUAGUGAGAAAAAAUCGUCCAAUGAAGGAGGCAUUGACGGAGUUUAUUAACGAAAAUUCAAAAUUACGUGCAUGUCUAAUGGGAACACGUAAAGCUGAUCCAAAUGCUGAGAAUCUUGAACCAUUUUGUCAAACUGAUGCAGGAUGGCCAUCAUUAAUAAGAGUGAAUCCAAUAUUCGAUUGGAAUUACAAUCAAAUUUGGCAAUUUCUACUUGAUUUUAAUGUACCAUAUUGUUCGUUAUACGAUAAGGGUUAUAGUAGCGUUGGCAUUGCAACUUUAACAUUGAGAAAUCCUCUUUUACGCGAUCCAAAUAAUCCGUCCAUUUAUUUACCAGCUCAUACAUUAGCUGAUGAAUCGACUGAACGUCAAGGUCGUGAAUAAAAAAAAAUUUUAGCUAAAUUCUAUUUUUCUAUAUUGAGAUAAAUAUUUUAAAAAAUUAUUUUAAAAAAAAGACUAAAUUUAUUUAAAUUUUUAAAAAAAGAAAAUUCUCUGUCAAUUUUAUGUAAUAAAGUUUUUAAAAGGUUUUAUUUCUAAAAA